CGCCCCCAAAUUCCGUGAAGUGUGUUUGCAUACCCUCCGCGGGGAAAAGCGGGGACGGAUAGGUGGAGGAAUCGGGAGGUCCACCGUCCAUAUGCGCUAGAAUAGCACGAAUUUCGACUUCAUGACUAUUUCAUACGUCCGAUUGGGAGAGUUCGGACCGAUGUCAUAAGGACUCUGAGGCUGCAGCAGAGAAUGGGAAUAGGGACACAGGCCAAGGCUUGCCAUUUUGGCUGAAGUAACAGCAGGACAGUUGUCAUCCGCACAUCGGCUACCACCCCCCCCCCCCUCCCUUUUCCCUUACCUCUCCUUACACGCGUACAGACGGACACACACACACACACACACACACACACACACACACACACACACACACACACAGACACACCCUCCCCCCACGGCACAUCCACCAGCAGCCGCCGAACAACCCCACGGUCCCUGCUAUGUCCACUGCCGUAGACAUCGCCGGCCCUUCCUCCCCAGACCAGGGCACCACCAGCUGCGCCAAGAUCCCCAACGAGCCCCUGCGCCGCAGCCUGAAGCGCUCCAGCCACCCCUACACCCUCUCCCAGUACAUCUCCACCCCCAGCGCCCCUGCCCCGGUGGACGUCAGCAGCCUCCUCCAGUCCUCCUCCGCGCUCCACCACCACCACCACCACCACCAACAGCAGCAGCAGCAGCCGCCGCACCACCCGCAGCCGCACCACCCGCAGCCGCGUGAGGAGCAGCAGGAGCAGCAGCGGUCCAGUCAGGCCGGCCCGCCCAGCAAGCCGCGCCGGGCCCCCUGCUGGCCCGACAUGUGGGAGUCCCCCAGCGGGCUGCACCUGGCCCAUGCCGCAGAGCUGCUGAUGCGGGCGGGGCUGCUGGCGCUCAACCCCUCCGCCGAGCAGGCCGCGCUGGUGCAGCCCGGCGGGCAGCCGGCGCGCGCCGAGGCCCGGGCUGAGAAGGGAGGAGGAGGAGGAGGAGGCGAGGGCGGCUCGGGGCCCGAGGAGGAGGAAGAGGAGGACGCGCUCAUGGGAUGUGGGACUGAGUUCCAGCCCUUCCUGGGCGCCUGGUUCCCCUUCAGCCCGGCGUUGUUCCCGUUGGCCGCCGGCUUCCAGAUGGGCGGCGCGGCACACUGGCGCAGCGCGGCGGCAGCGGUGGCGGCGGCGGCGGCGGCGGGCGCCGGGGAGGGCAUGGAGGGGCUCGUGGCGGAGGGCUACUCCCCCGGCUCCCUGGGCGCCGGCGGGGGCGGGGCCGGCGUGGGCGGCCGCAGGAAGAGGAAGCGCUGCGGGGAGUGCGUGCCGUGCCGGCGCCAGCGUAACUGCGACCAGUGCAGCAGCUGCCGCAACCGCAAGCGGGGACACCAGAUCUGUAAGUACAGGAAGUGCGAGGAGCUGAAGAGGAAGCCGGGCGGCCCCGGGUUCGACAGCAGGGUGCCCGGGUUCGACCUGAGGGGCUCUGAGUUUACUUUGGGCCUGGCGCAGGAGAGGGCCCACGCCGCUCUGGACGGGUAGCCCGCGGCGACGGGACGCACGGGGGCGGCCGGCCGGCCGCGGCGGCGGCGGCGUCACGGCUGGAUGACGGUUGGGGGAGGGGCUAGAGCACCAUGGGUGUAGGACGGGAUGGUGGCGGCUGGGAGGAGGUCCACACACCCACCAUCCUUUCUUUUGACAAUCAGCGACUUUGGAGUGGAGAGGUUAGAGGAUACCGGCGCGUGUCCAUAAGGAAACCAUUACAAAACGUGUAAAUAGUCUGUAAAUAUCUGGCAAAAAAACAACAAUAUGUCUUUUUGUUUUCUUUUUACAUCUCUUUCCGGUUUGGAUGUAUUGUGUUAUGAGAUUAAAAUCGAGCCAAAUGCUUUUGUUUUCUUUCUUACGGGGAGUUUUGUUAAAAUGUUAUUCUGUUGUUCUGACGUCAAAGCAUCGGUAAGGGAUGGGACGAGUUCAGACGUAGGAUAAUUGAUUUCACGUGCAACUUGUACUGUAUAGCGCUGUUUGGCCUUUUCAAAUAAAAUAAAGAAAUUGAUCGUU